UCAGUGGAGUUUCAGAAACACAGAUUUGUGGGACGCUGGGAGGCGAGUGGAGGCUCAUUGAUUCUGUUGCGUCCGCCGUCGAGGGGAGGUGGUGCGCGCGGCGAGCUGGUUGAGUCGGUUGCGUCGGGUUCUUCUCUAUAUAAAGCCCGGCAGGGGGCCAGUGAGAUCAGUUUGGAGCGGAGAGUCCUGGAAGCUUCGUGGGAGGUUGUCGCUUUGCAGAUAAGAGGCGGCGGCGGCGGCAGCAGCGGCAGUAGCAGCCGCCGUUGCAGCUGCAGCAGCAGGCAGGCGGUGGCGGUUCUUGUGGCUGUGAAUACAGUGGGGAGACAUGCGAGAUUUGAGCUCCAUCCUCCAGACUUCUUCCUCAGACGUAGCCUUAGCUACAUUUCCACCCAAGAAAAGAGGGAGGCCGUCUCUCCACGACCUCAUUCUGCGGGCUGUUUGCGUCUCUAGAGCCCGCAAGGGCGCCUCUCUGGCUGCCAUCAAAAAGGCGCUCUUGGCCGAGGGAUACGACGUGCAGAAGAACAACGGUCGCCUAAAGGCGGCUCUCAGCUCUCUCGUUAGCAAAGGGCUGCUGCAGCGGGUGACGGGCAGCGGCGUCUCGGGAUCCUUCAGGAUCAACAAGCACCAGAAGAAGGGGGGCGCCUUGAAAACAACGAAGAAAAAAACGGCCGUCAAGAGACCCAAAAACCAGAUAGUAGCCAGGAGAUCUCCGAAAAAAAUUAACGUCCCAGCAGCUAGGAAAGCAAAGGGGCCUGGCAGAGAGACCAAGCUAGCUGUUAAAAAACCCAAGACUCGCAAGAACCCGGCCAGAGCCAAGGGGAGGGCUGCCCCUCCCGGCAAAGCUGCUGUCAAGAGGCAUUAAAAACACAUUCCUUGUCCGCUAAUAUAAACUCAAAGGCUCUUUUAAGAGCCACCCUCAAUACUCACUAAAUGAGCUAAUGUUUCGGCGGGAGAGCAUGGGCGGUGCGGCGUGAGCUUUUACCAACAAAGAUGCUUCUUGGAGGGAAAUCUUUGAUUCGGAAUUUUAUUCUGUGCCUCUAUUCAUGAUGAUAAGGUUACAUUGAACAACGUAAAAAAAAUCCAAAAUUUCCUAUGGAAAAAUAUUCAAAGUUGAUUUUUUAAAUAGUUAAUAAAAUUGUCCUCCCCCGAAAAAAGAGUCCCGUGAAAGAAAUCCUCACGUAAACACAGACUUUAAAAAGAUCGUUUUACUCCGUAGUAAUGAUCAAAAUCGUAACCUCAAUACACUUUGACUAGGAAAUUUAUAUCCAUGUUUGUCUCUUAACAGCGAUUCUAGGGGAGAACUGGAGCCCGGGCUUCCACUGGUGCCUGUUUCCUAUCAGGUCCAGCAAAGCGGUAACGUACUGCCCAAAGAGAGUGCAGGCCUCCUUCCCCUGCCCAAUCCCUGUCCUCCCCCUCAAACGCU